AUGGUUCACUCCAUCAUCCCAUUUUUGACAUUUCUACCCCCUGUAAUCGCCGCAAUUGCUCCUUCAGGGCCGUACCAGCGACCAUUGAAGCAUCCCAAGAACCAACAUGAAAAUUUUAUUGCCUCUUCUAUUUUUGGCCCUUACCAACAUGAAGUACUCGGAUUUGAGGAACCCGUUGCACUGAAGCCUUCUAUUGAUAAUGGCGUGAAUCCUUUCCGUAGCUGGGCUACUGUCGUUGAUUGUGGGGAUAUUGUGAAUACGCCGUUUGAUAAGCACCUUGCGCUGAAACAACUCGAGAAUGGCAUGAGUUCUAUCAAUUCGCGCCGUCCGAAAAAUGACACGGAAGGAAAAGCUAUUCGGGCCAUCAGUAUAGGUGGUGAUCAUACCAUUACGAAACUUGGGGGAGGGUUAUCAAAGUACACUGAUGUUAACCAUGGAACUAUGCUACACAUCGCACACGAAGAAGGACUUUUGUCCAAUCAUAGCAAUAUGCAUUUAGGAACGCGAUGUCCGCUCAUGGAUCAACAUUUUGACCUAGACAACGAUCUCAGAUGCGGCUUCAAAUAUAUUCGAGCAAAAGAGCUUGAUAAACUUGGUAUCGAAGAGGUGGUUCGAAGGAUUGUUGAUACCGUUGGCGAUGAGUAUGUUUACUUGAGUGUGGACAUUGAUGUAUUAGAUCCAGCCUAUGCACCUGCGACUGGAACGAUCGAACCUGGUGGAUGGACAACAAGAGAACUGUUACAAAUCAUAGGUGGACUGUCAAAAGCAGGUUUGAAGAUCGUAGGGUCAGAUAUCGUGGAAUUUACUCCAGUGUAUGAUAAUUCGGCUGAAACUACUGGUAUUGUGGCUGGAGAGAUCAUUUAUGAGAUUCUUCAAUGGAUGGUGCAUGUCCCAGUCACACCUAGGAAGUGA